AUGGAGAGUAAUGAAGUAUCAAGAGUUGAAAGUUUAAGAAGAGUCAGUAGUUCAUCCAUGUGGAGGAACAACAGUAUGGAUAUUUUCUCAACAUCUGAACGUGAAGAUGAUGAGGAAGCACUUAAAUGGGCUGCUAUUGAGAGAUUACCAACCUAUUUAAGGAUUAGAAGAAGCAUAAUCAAUGACGAGGAAGGUGAGGGGAGAGAGAUUGAUAUAAAGAAGCUUGGAUUAACUGAGAGAAAGGUUUUGUUAGAGAGACUUGUGAAGAUUGCUGAAGAAGAUAAUGAAAAGUUCUUGUUGAAACUCAAGGAAAGAAUGGAUAGAGUUGGAAUUGAUAUUCCUACUGUUGAAGUGAGAUUUGAGCAUGUGAAUGUGGAAGCACAGGUUUAUGUUGGAGGAAGAGCUUUACCUUCAUUGUUCAACUUCUUUGUUAAUGGCUUAGAGGGAUUUUUGAAUUAUCUUCAUGUUGUUCCAAGUCCAAAGAAAUCAUUGCAUAUUCUUCAAAAUGUUAGUGGAAUCAUAAAGCCUCAAAGAAUGACUUUACUUUUGGGGCCACCAGGCUCUGGCAAAACCACUUUGCUUUUGGCCUUGGCUGGAAAACUUGCUAAAGAAUUGAAAAAUUCUGGGAGAGUGACAUAUAAUGGGAAAGGACUAGAAGAGUUUGUGCCACAAAGAACAUCAGCUUAUAUAAGUCAACAUGAUAAUCACAUUGGAGAAAUGACUGUUAGAGAAACCCUAGCUUUCUCAGCAAGGUGUCAAGGGGUUGGACACAAUUAUGAUAUGUUGACUGAACUACUAAGAAGAGAGAAAGAAGCAAAAAUUAAACCAGAUCCUGAUAUUGAUGCCUAUAUGAAGGCAGCAGCGCUAGAAGGACAGCAGGCGAGCGUGGUAACCGACUAUAUUCUCAAGAUUUUGGGACUUGAAAUAUGUGCUGAUAUUAUGGUCGGAGAUGGAAUGAUAAGAGGUAUCUCCGGAGGACAGAAAAAGAGAGUCACAACAGGUGAGAUGCUGGUUGGACCUAUAAGAGUGUUGUUCAUGGAUGAGAUAUCAACUGGUUUGGACAGUUCAACCACUUUUCAAAUUAUCAGCUCGAUCAGACAAUCGAUCCAUAUUCUGAACGGAACUGCACUCGUGUCACUUCUACAGCCAGCACCGGAAACUUAUGAAUUAUUCGAUGAUAUCAUACUUCUCACCGAUGGACAAAUUGUUUAUCAAGGACCAAGAGAGAAUGUUCUCGAGUUCUUCGAAUCAAUGGGAUUCAAGUGUCCUGAGAGAAAAGGCAUCGCGGAUUUCUUACAAGAAGUGACAUCAAGAAAAGAUCAAUGGCAAUAUUGGGCGAAUAAAGACGAACCGUAUAGUUUUGUUACUGUCAAGGAUUUUGCUGAAGCCUUUCAGAUAUUUCACAUAGGUCAAAAGCUUGGUGAUGAACUAGCUAAUCCUUUCGACAAAUCUAAAUGUCAUGCGAAUAUCUUGACUACAAAGAAAUAUGGUGUUAACAUGAAGGAGCUUUUAAAGGCUUGUGCUAGCAGAGAGUUUUUGCUUAUGAAGCGAAAUUCGUUUGUCCAUAUAUUCAAAGUCACUCAACUUAUUUAUUUAGCAAUCAUGACAACAACAUUGUUUCUAAAAACUAAGAUGCAUAAGGAUACAGUGGAAGAUGGAGGAACAUACAUGGGAGCACUAUUCUUUACGGUGCUAGUAGCGAUGUUCAAUGGAAUAUCAGAGCUAAAUAUGACUAUCAUGAAACUUCCUGUCUUUUACAAGCAAAGAGAUCUUCUUUUCUACCCUUCUUGGGCUUAUUCUCUUCCACCAUGGAUCCUCAAAAUACCAAUAACUCUCAUAGAAGUUGCUAUUUGGGAAGCCAUCACUUACUACGCCGUCGGCUAUGAUCCAAGUUUUCUAAGGCUUUUAAAACAGUACUUAAUAUUACUAUGCAUUAACCAGAUGGCAUCUUCACUAUUUCGGUUAAUGGCUGCAUUAGGAAGGAAUGUUAUAGUUGCAAACACUGUUGGGUCAUUUGCAUUGCUAGUAGUUAUGGUUUUGGGAGGAUUUGUGAUUUCAAGAGAGGAUGUGCACAAAUGGUUUCUUUGGGGAUAUUGGUCGUCGCCAUUGAUGUAUGGACAGAAUGCUAUAGCUGUGAAUGAAUUUCUUGGACAUAGUUGGAGAAAGGUUACUCAAAUUUCCAAUGAAACAUUGGGAGUUUUGACAAUGAAAACUCGCGGUUUUUUCCCACAAGCUUAUUGGUAUUGGAUAGGCGUAGGAGCAUUGAUUGGUUACGUUUUUCUGUUUAACUUUCUAUUCACCCUGGCUUUACAAUAUCUCAGCCCAUUCAGAAAGGAUCAAGCAGGACUAUCCGAGGAGGAGUUGCAAGAGAGAGAUGCUUCAAUAGCUGAGGAGUUUACACAGUUACCGACUCGAAAGAGAAUUUCUGAAACAAAGAUGGCAGAAGAAGAACUUAUGCCAUCCGCGUCUUUUUCUGCAAGAGUUGAUAAUGGUAAAGCUAGUAGAAGUGGAAGGAGAGGCAUGGUUCUUCCUUUUCAACCACUAUCCCUCACUUUUGAUGAGAUCAAAUAUGCUGUAGACAUGCCACAGGAAAUGAAAAGUCAAGGAGUUUUCCAGGAUCGUCUCGAACUUUUGAAAGGUAUCACUGGUGCAUUUAGGCCUGGAGUACUAACAGCUUUGAUGGGAGUAAGUGGUGCCGGAAAGACUACUCUAAUGGAUGUUUUAGCCGGAAGGAAAACCGGUGGAUAUAUUGAAGGAAACAUCACAAUAUCUGGCUAUCCAAAGAAUCAAAAAACGUUUGCUCGCAUAUCAGGAUAUUGCGAACAAUUUGAUAUCCACUCACCUAAUGUUACAGUUUAUGAAUCUUUGUUAUAUUCUGCGUGGCUUCGGUUACCACCUGAAGUAGAUCAUGCUACUAGAAAGAUGUUUAUUGAAGAAGUUAUGGAUCUUGUAGAGCUUAACUCAUUAAGAGAAGCACUAGUUGGAUUGCCAGGCGAGAAUGGACUUUCAACCGAACAACGCAAAAGACUUACAAUUGCGGUUGAGCUUGUAGCCAAUCCGUCGAUAAUAUUCAUGGACGAACCAACCUCUGGCCUUGAUGCUAGAGCAGCUGCAAUUGUAAUGAGAACAGUGAGGAACACCGUGGACACAGGACGUACCGUAGUUUGCACGAUCCAUCAGCCAAGUAUCGACAUUUUCGACGCCUUUGAUGAGCUUCUACUUAUGAAAUUGGGAGGUGAGCAAAUAUACGCCGGUCCAUUAGGCCGCCACUGUUCUCAUUUGAUUCAAUACUUUGAGGCUAUUCAAGGAGUUCCUAAGAUCAAAGAUGGUUAUAAUCCUGCAACAUGGAUGUUGGAAGUUACAUCAGCAGGAUCAGAAGCAAAUCUUAAGGUCAACUUCACUAAUGUGUACCGAAACUCGGAAUUAUACCGGCGAAACAAACAAUUGAUCCAGGAAUUAAGUAUACCUCCUCAAGGUUCAAAGGAUUUAUACUUCGAUACUCAAUAUACGCAAACCAUGUUGUCACAAUGUAAAGCUUGUCUAUGGAAACAACAUUUAUCAUAUUGGCGAAACACAUCGUAUACAGCAGUUAGACUGUUAUUUACCACACUGAUAGCAUUCUUGUUUGGAAUCAUAUUUUGGAACAUUGGCUUGAAAAGGAGAAAGGAGCAAGAUCUUUUCAAUGCAAUGGGAUCAAUGUAUUCUUCUGUUAUAUUUAUUGGAGUACAAAACGGCGCGUCAGUUCAGCCUGUAAUAGCAGUUGAGAGAACAGUCUUUUAUAGAGAAAGAGCUGCUGGAAUGUAUUCUGCUUUGCCUUAUGCUCUAGCACAGGUUAUUAUAGAGCUUCCCCACAUUUUGGUUCAGACCCUGAUAUAUGGGAUCAUUGUAUAUUCUAUGAUGGGAUUUGAGUGGACAGCAUCAAAAUUCUUGUGGUAUAUUUUCUUCAAUUACUUCACUUUCUUGUACUACACCUUCUAUGGUAUGAUGACCAUGGCCAUCAGUCCCAACCAACAUGUUGCUGCAAUAAUGUCCACUUCAUUCUAUGCAAUAUGGAACCUUUUCUCUGGCUUUAUCAUUCCCUUAUCUAGAAUACCAAUAUGGUGGAAAUGGUACUAUUGGGUUUGUCCUGUUGCAUGGACCUUAUAUGGAUUGUUGGCUUCUCAAUAUGGAGACAACAUGGACAGACUUGAGAAUGGUCAAAGGGUUGAAGAAUUUGUGAGAAAUUACUUUGGUUUUGAACAUGAUUUUCUAGGAGUGGUUGCAAUUGUUGUGGCUGGUUUCUCAGUGUUGUUUGCACUUAUCUUCACCUUUGGUAUCAAAGCAUUCAACUUUCAGAAAAGAUGA